AAACCCUUUUCAACACACAACUUUCUUUUUUUUCUAAAAAAAAACCUUGCUCUCUAUCGUUGAUCAAAGAAUGGCAACGGAGGAGAAGCAUUUGAAAGUAGAAAUCCUAAGCAAAACUCAUGUGAAGCCUCAAAAGCCACUAGGAAGAAAAGAAUGUCAAUUGGUGACAUUUGAUCUUCCUUACAUAGCCUUCUACUACAACCAAAAGUUGUUGAUCUAUAAAGGUGGAGUGGAGGAGUUUGAGAGCAUUGUGGAGAAAUUGAAAGAUGGGUUGAAGGUUGUAUUGGAAGAGUUUUAUCAAUUGGCCGGAAAGUUAGAUAAAGAUAAUGAUGGAGUGUUUAAGGUGGUGUAUGAUGAUGAUAUGGACGGGGUGGAGGUGGUGACUGCCACCGUAGAAGACGCCGAAACCGCCGAUUUGUUGAAAGAAGAAGGAACCGCAAAGCUCAAGGAGUUGUUACCUUAUAAUGAAGUUUUGAACUUUGAAGGCCUUCAUCGUCCGCUUUUGUCAAUUCAGCUAACAAAGCUCAAAGAUGGGCUUGCAAUGGGCUGCGCGUUCAACCACGCAAUCUUAGACGGUACAUCCACGUGGCACUUCAUGAGUUCAUGGGCCGAAAUUUGCACCGGAUCCAAAUCCAUAUCCAUUCAACCUUUCCUAGACCGGACCCAAGCGCGUAACACGCGCGUGAAGCUCGACCUAACCCCACCGGAGCAACAAAACGGCGACGGAGCAACCGCCACAAAGCCACCACCACUAAAAGAAAAAAUCUUCAAAUUCUCAGAAUCCUCAAUCGACAAAAUCAAAGCUGAAGUCAACGCCAAUCCAGCAAACGAAUCCACCAAACCGUUCUCCACUUUCCAAUCGUUAUCCACACACAUCUGGCACGCGGUUACACGCGCUCGCCAGCUGGCACCGGAGGACUACACUGUGUUCACCGUGUUCGCCGAUUGCCGGAAACGAGUGGAUCCUCCGAUGCCGGAAAGCUACUUCGGUAACCUAAUUCAGGCGAUUUUCACCGUUACCGCUGCCGGACUGUUGCAAGCAAAUCCGCCGGAAUUCGCGGCGGCGUUGAUCCAGAAAGCGAUUGAGUCGCACGAUGCUCAGGCGAUUGAGGCGCGAAACAAGGAGUGGGAGAGUAAUCCGAUCAUAUUUCAGUAUAAGGAUGCCGGUGUGAACUGUGUGGCGGUUGGAAGUUCCCCUAGGUUUAAAGUGUAUGAUGUGGAUUUCGGGUUUGGUAAACCGGAAAGUGUUCGGAGCGGGGCGAAUAACCGGUUUGAUGGGAUGGUUUAUUUGUAUCCGGCUAAGGAGGGUGGAAGGGGGAUUGAUGUGGAGAUUAGUUUGGAGGCAGGUGCAAUGGAAAAUCUUGAGAAGGAUAAGGAGUUUCUAGUAAUUGAAGAGUAAAUUGGAAUCAAAGAUUGAUUUCAUGAAUAAUAAUAAUAAUAAUAAUAAUAAGUUGGUUUGGUUUGGUUUGAUUAUAGUACUAAAGCUAUUUGGUGUGUUGUUUUGGUUGUGUAUGUAGGUUGUGUUUGCUUGUUUGGGGAUGAACUAUGUUUUUUUAGUUUUAUAUUAGUUUUAGUGUGUGGUUAAGUUUGUAUUCAAAUUAUCUCUUCUAUUAUUUGAUUUAAUGUUAAGCUUUUUUUUUUUU